GGGCACCUUCGCAACGAUUCAUCGACCCUGAUAAUUUUCUUUGGUUGCAAGAAAAAUAAUACCAACCACAACCCCCACAAUGGAUUCAACCACCCUAGACCGACUCUCCGCCCUCGACACCAACACCGUCUCCGACGCCCUAGACUUCCUCCAACUCAAAGGAGCCACCUACGGCCUCCGCCCCCUCUGGGACUGUCCCAAGAUCGUCGGGCGCGCCAGCACCAUCACCGUCGGGCCCAAGACAGAUGCCAAACCGACGACGCACCUGCUCACGCCGGUCAUCGACGCCGUGACCACAGACGACCGCAUCCUGGUCAUCUCCGGCGGCGCCGAGGGUGUGUCCUGUUGGGGCGAUAUCGUUGCGAAUGCCUCGCGCGUGAAGCAGAUCCGCGGCACGAUCAUCGACGGCAUGAGUCGCGAUAUCGACGGGAGCCGCGACGUCGGGUAUCCCGUCUACGGCCGCGGCGUGACGAUGAUCAGUGCAAGGAAUCGGCUCGUGCAGGUGGACUCCGGGUCACCGGUGCAGAUGCGAGGUGUUACCGUGAAUCAGGACGACUACGUGAUUGCGGAUCGGUGCGGGAGUGUAUUUGUUCCUGCUGGGCGCAUUGAUGAGGUCCUGGAUUUGGCGGAACGGAUUGAUCGGCGACAGGCGCUGAUGGUUCAGGACGUGCGUGCUGGCAAGCCAGUGUCGGAGGUGAUGCAUGAUUCGAAGUUCGAAGCCAUUCGCCAGGGCGGUACUACUGCCCCUACACAGGCAGCUGCGCCGUCACCUCGGAAUCCCAAAGACGCGAGCCCCGAAGACCAGGAGCUCUCAGCUCUCUUCGCCGACUCCGACACCCCUGCCGUCUCUGACGCGCUGGAUAAACUCGGCAUCAACGGACAAGUAUUCAACAUCAUGCCUCUGGCCAACUACCAGAAAGUGACCGUCGGACCGGCAUUCACAGUCCGCUACGUACCCGCCAGCAACCCGCCCGGCAGCGUAGGCGAUUUCAUCGACGACGUUGCUAUCGGCGACGUGGUGGUUAUCGACAACGGCGGUCGCACGGACUGCACCGUCUGGGGCGAUAUCAUGACGCAGUACGCUGGGAUUCGCGGCAUUGCUGGGACGGUGAUCGACGGCGUAUGUCGGGACGUCAACCGGGCGAUUAGCGACGAUUACCCGCUUUUCACUGCUGGACGGUGGAUGCGGACGGGCAAAGAUCGCGUUCAGGUCGGGGGCGUCAAUGAGCCGGUCGGUGUUGGCAAGGUGCGCGUGCAGCCCCGCGAUAUUGUCGUGGCUGAUGCAAAUGGUGUGGUUGUUGUUCCGAGAGAUCGAGCCAGGGAGGUGGCAGAGGUUGCAAGAAAGGUCGAGAAGAGCGAAGAAGGGAUCCGCGAGUUGAUUGCUGGCGGUGCUUCGAUUGCGGAGGCGAGAGAGAAGCUCGGUUAUCACACGCUGCAGCGAAAGGGUUAAGAUGGAAUUGUUGUUAUGAACAUAAAUUGAUGGUUUUGGAUCAACUCUUUAUAUGGUAGCCAAUCUUUCUCUAAAC